AUGCCGCCAACCCCAACCUACAAGAACGCGCCGAUCAAGGCCGACGGCGUCACUCCUCAGACAGAAGAUGGCUCCAAUGUAGCACCGACACCCACAUCACGAUAUGCACCGGCUACAACGACCAUAGAUUCGUCUUCUCCCCCAGCACCCCAGCCAGGCGCCCGCCCAACACCCACCGGCUCCGCUCCCACGAACUACAGCGACCCUCCCGCUCCUCAACCCAGCUACAGCGCAACACACAUCACGACUGAGACACGAGUCCAGGCACCGCCGCCGCAGUUCACACAGCCGCCGCCUACAGACUCGCAGCUUGCUGGCCGUUCGACAGUCACGUCGACGACGGCGAGUAAGCCCGGUCCUACGACGCUGAAUCUGGGGCCGGUGGCUAGUCCCUUUCAGAGUGCGAAUGUAGGUGGCGCGGUGCCCACGGCGACAGCCGCGGAUGGGGAUGCGCGGAGGAGUCUGGAGCACCCGCCAGGGUAUCAGCAGGCUCCAGACAAUGCGCCGUAUACGCAAGGGGGUGGGAUCGGAGGUGGUGAGAGUGCUGGGGAGGGCAUUGGAGCUCAGGCGUGGAACAUGCUGUCGAGGGCUGGCGAGGCACUCAAGGGUGCAGAAGAGGCGGCUUGGAAGGCCGUGAACAAGCGGUAA